AUGAGAACAGCUACCGGCCUGGCAGCGCUCGCUCUCACGGCGACUUUGGUCGCCACUGGCACUGUCCAGUCGGCCUCGAGCCCUAUACCUUCCGAGAUCUCGCUCGAGGCUCAGAGCUGCAAAGUCCUCCCCGACAUCCUCAAAAAGGUCCUCGCUGCCGGCGUGGCCACUGAAGGCAAAGCAAUCGAGAUCGCCGACCUCUACUCGGAAUUUUAUCCCACUGGCGCCAACCCUUCCGCUGAACAGCUCUACGCUGCCAUUCCUGCCUCUGCCUUCGGGCCCAAGGACGAUCGCGAUGGUGCGAUCUCAGGAUCUGGUGGCUGGGACAAGGACGCAGUCAUCGCCGACGACGGCUACGGCGAACAGAGCAAGUCUACCUACGCCAAGGACGGCGGACUGCCUUCGUUCUGCCGUGUCGGCGGUACCGUUCGCACAUCCGAAACCAGCAAGUCCCAAUUCGAAGUCUGGAUGCCGGUUGCUGACACUCCCGCCGGCAAGGAUGCCCCCGCUCCGGAAGCAUGCACCUCCAUCGAUGGCGUCGACGUCGCCGAUGUCGCCAAGACCUUCAAGUGUGUCUCGACCAGCGGCUGGAGCAAGCGACUCGUCUUCUCCGUCGGAGGCGGCCUCCGCGGCGCCGUUGCGUACCCCGAGAUGAAGCAGACCAUGUCCCGAUACCAUGCUGCCGUGGCUGGCACCAACAUGGGUCAUUUUGGCGCUCAGGAUGGUAUCACCUGGCUGCCUGCCAACCCAGAGGCUUGGACCGACUAUGGCCACAGUGCAGUUCACUUCACCUCGCGCGUCGCCCAGCAGGCUGUCCGCAUCUUCUAUGAUGCCCAGCCUCACCGCACCUCUUCUCCCAACUCUUCCGUUGCAACGAUCGACGCCAAGAAGCAGGUGUUCUACACCUACUUCAAAGGCUGCAGCACGGGCGGACGAGCUGCCAUGGCCUCGGCUCAGAGGUACCCCAAGGACUUUGAUGGCAUCAUUGCAGGCAGCCCCGCCUUCGACUUCAACAACCUCAAAGCCUACCAGAUCCACGUCAACUCGUUCCUCGCAAACAACAAGAGCGAGGGCUACAUUCCUACCGAGGCGUAUCCCCUCAUUAACAGUGCGGUGCUCAAGACCUGCGACAGCGCGGACGGCGUGGAAGACAACGUCAUCUCCAAAGCUGAUAUUUGCAAGCCAGACUUUGCUGCCCUGAUCGGAUGCUCCAAGCUUGGGAUCAAGCCCUACGAUGACGCGGACAAGGCGCCGGAGCCUGCUGGUGCCGCCGCCGGUCAGGAUUCGAAGGCUCCCGCUGCUGACAGCAAGGACUCGAAGCCGGCCGAGGUCCCGGCCAAGGAGAAACCCAAGGUGCUUCUUGCACGCAGAGACACUACUAGCACGGAUCCAGUAGCUGCCCCCGGGCUGGAGGCCACGAAGAAGGACGACGCUAGCGCGACUCCCGCCGAGCCGAACGGCAAGGAUGCCAAAGGUGCCGACGCCAAGGGCAAGGACAAGAAGGACAAGGACGCCGAAAAAGGUCCUGCCCCCAAGUGCCUUACUGAUCCUCAGCUCGAGACUCUGGCGAACAUUUUCAAGCCGUACACGAUCGACAACGAGCUGAUCAGCGAAGGAGUGCUUCCUUCCAGUGUGUAUGGAUGGCAGUACAUCAACGCCGUCACGGGCAAGUUUGGCUCGUCUCCCGUCAGCUGGUUCCAGUUCGAGGUUCUGGGCGAGAAGGAUGCGAAAGCCAAGUUCAACGCCACCGAGAAGGUGACUCCCGAGGUGAUCAAGAAAGGCCAGCAGCUCAACCCUGGUGGAACGAUCACUUUCGACACUGAUCUCAGCGGAUUCUUCAACGCCGGUGGAAAGCUGCUGCACUACCACGGCUUGGAAGACUCGCUGGUUCCGCCCAUGGCGUCGCGUCGCUACUACGAUCAGGUCCUUGAGAAGGUCGGUGACAAGGCCAGGUCGGCGUAUAAGCUGUAUCUCAUCCCUGGUAUGCUGCACUGCCGAGGCGGCAACGGCUGCUUCAACUUUGGUGGUGCGGGACAAGAAGGGGCUGGUAAUCGACCGCUUCGAUACGACGCCACGCACGACAUGUUCCUUGCGCUCACCGAGUGGGUCGAAAAGGGCGUGGCGCCCAACGCGCUCAUCGGCGCUGCAUACAAGACCAAGGAAGGUACCGCUCCGCAAAAGUUCUCCGAUGACACUCCGUACAGCAACGGCGUCCGUCUGACGCGCCCUCUCUGCCCCUGGCCCACUGCCGCCCGUCUCAAGGGCAAGGGCGGCGACACCAACGACGCAGGUGCCUUUGAAUGUGCUUAA